AGGUUCUACAUGCUUCUAAGUAAACAAAGGUCCGGGCGGGAAUCAAAAAGAAUCAGCUGCUUGCAGGUUGUUGUCUUGCAAAUUACAACCGUUCUCAGCCGCCCAGCAGUAGGUAUCUCGUAUGGAAAUAUGAAAACACGCGUAGCAAAAGCUCCGGCUGUAACCGUGAUAGAAGUAAAUAUGGUCCGGUAUCAAGGUGACACAUCUAUCUCGAUUUCUUUGGGAUGUAAGAUGAGUAACGGGUAAGUUGGGAUGAUUUUAGCGGAAGUAAGGUCCGGACGCGACGAAGAGACC